CUAUUAUUCACAGCUCGAGCAAUAAUGUCAGUGAAGAAUGCCAAGCCCAACUUCAGCCAGUCUCAGGUGGUUGAGAUGGUGGAGAGGCUCUUCAGACUGACGCCAUCUGAAAUCCACUCCCUGCCGAGCUACGGCGACCAGAACUUCUAUGUGGCGGCCAUGGAGGGUGGCGAGUACGUCCUGAAGAUAAUGAACUCAGAAGACAGUAAGAAUUCCAGCCUGCUUGAGGUGCAAACAUAUGCCAUGUCCUACCUGCACCAGAAUGGACUUCCAGCUCAAACAGCCCUGCCCAACACCUCAGGACAGCUCCUGAGCCUGGAGGAAACAGAUUGUGGCUAUGGCUGUCAAGAGUACCUGGUGCGACUGCUAACUUAUUUGCCUGGAACCACUAUUUCCAAGGUUCCUCUAACACCACAGUUACUGUAUGAAACCGGCAAGACGGCAGCCAGAAUGGAUGCGAUCUUACAGGAGAUGGAGCAUCAUCAUCUCAGUGAGCUGCAGAGAGAGAACUUCUUAUGGAGUCUGUCAAAUGUUCUCCUCCUGGAGAAGUACAUCCAUGUCUUAGGUGGAGAUCCUCUUAAUAAGGUUGUGAAGUCUGUCCUCCAUCAGUACGAGACCUCUGUGGUCCCUCAGCGCUCCAGUUUCCGCAAAUGCAUUAACCACGGUGACUUCAAUGUCCUCAAUGUGCUCGUACAACCCGAUGACAGCGACGGCGACAGGAUUUCUGGCAUCCUUGACUUCGGGGACAUGAACAGUGGCUACUACAUCCAUGAGCUCGCCAUCACUAUCAUGUACAUGAUGAUGGAGCAUCCUAACCCCAUAGAGGUGGGUGGACCUGUCCUCGCAGGCUGGGAAAGUGUCCUUCCCCUCAGCGAGGCAGAGAAAGAUUGUCUCUAUGUGCUAGUGCUGUCCCGCUUCUGCCAGUCAUCGGUUUUAUCUCGUCAAACGUUGGCCUUGCAUCCGGAAAACGCAGAGUAUCUGAUGUCUUUCUCCAAGAAGGGCGACCCAAUUCUCCAACAACUGUGGGAGCUGGGAAAGGAGCAGGUGGAGAAGGUGUGGUUUCACAGUGCUGCUAAAUUCAGUGACAGGAAGUGA